AUGGCCCCGAAGCAGCGCACCACUGCCCCAACUGGCGACCCAUCUACAACCACCAGUGUCCCGGCAUCCGCACGAUCAAGCAAAGCAAACAACACAGACGCAGCAGCCAUUGCGCAAGGAAUAUGGGACAAAUACGUCUCCAAGACACCCCAGCGAACAAAGCUCCUUGACACCUUCCUCGCCUUCCUUAUCAUCGUCGGUGCUCUGCAAUUCCUCUAUGUAGUUUUGGUUGGAAACUUUCCCUUCAACGCCUUCCUCUCCGGCUUCAGCGCAACAGUCGGUCAAUUCGUCCUCACAGCCUCGCUGCGCAUCCAGACAAACUCGGAGAACAAGGCCCACUUCGAGAACAUAUCACAUGAACGGGCAUUUGCAGAUUUCAUCUUUGGCAGCUUGCUACUGCACUUCUUUUGUGUAAACUUUAUCAACUGA